GCAAGAAUUCAUUAGCAUGAGUGGUUACUCCCUACGGUGACUUCCCGUACGAUUCAGCUCUUUUCGUUGACGUGUCCCUGUACCAUUGCGUCUCAGUUCUUGCACCUGUGCACAAUGGUGGAAGGCGACUGCGACAGCAACCAGCCUUCUCUGUAUCUGCUCGUUUUUUCUGGAAUAUUGGUUCUGCCAUACUACGCAUAGUGGACGACGAGUGCGAUGGUAACAAGACUUGAAUUCUACGUAGUCGUUUUUUUCUGAAAGCCCUACUCUUUGUACGAAACGCCAGCGUCCAUGUCUCAAACUCCCAUAGCUUCCUGUGAGAUGCACUAUGUUUUCACCAGAUGCAGCGAAGGUGGUCCUACGCGAACCUCGUGUCUCUUCGAGAAUUUUGGUUUAUGCACGAGACUGCUGCUAACUCGGUGACACGUCGUCGAAACGUAGUCGCUUCUGGAAGAGCACGGGAGAUUGCCCGAGAUCACUAUUUUUCAAAUAUCGUGCGUCGUCGUGGCAUAAAGCAGCUUGUUGUGUUCAAGAGCCAGUUGUGCUAGUUUCUGUUUUCGUCACUUGGUGGUUUGCUCGUCUCUUGCGGUGACCUUGUCUGGUGGGUGUUCUGUUUAUCCAGUUGAUGAUGCCGAGACAUCAUUCGCAUUGGUAGGUGUUUCUCGCGGUUGCGCAACCGAUGUUCCCCGCGGACUGGCGUGCGACUCUCUCAACGGCGACUCCGUUGCGUUUCGUCGGUGGCAAAGCUUGCGGGGCCACGGAGAACUAAAAAACCGAAAAAAAAACAGCUUCUGUGUUUGCCUUGCGUGCUUUCCCCUUGAGGAAGAUGGAAAAUAGCUGGCAGCCCUAAACGGUUUGACUGUCGGAGUUGCCGGUUUUUGUGUUUCCGUGGACAAGAUCGGCCGGGGCCUGCCGUUCUUGUAAAUUCAUUCCCUCCUGUCUUUUCACCACAUCGAGACAGUUGUUACACCAGAAAAAUAGCGGGUAAGAGUGUCUGAUUCACAAAACGCAAAGUGCAAGCCGAUUGAACCUUUCCGGGCGACUAGCAGCACUCUACUGUGUCCGUCGUUGUGGGGAGGUUCAUUUCCGCUUGCUGCCACUUUUUGCAGUCGCAAGCGCCGAAAGUUCGAGGCGUUUUUGACUUUCUGUCCGUCACUUCUCCGCAUUGGGGGUUUCCUUUUGACCGCUGCGCCAUUGUCUGAACGGCGUGGGCACUUUCUCUGCGUUGUCUGCGCCCCUUUUUUUCUCGCUUGUCUACGCCGUCCUCUUUUCUCCAGAUCCCCUGGAAGUUCUGCCCAAGCACUGUCCAAGAUGGCGGCUGCUCAGGAAACCGCAAUGGUGGUUCCGAAUGGAAGCGGCCUGGAGCUGCAGAACAGGAGCAGCGUUUCUCCGAACUCCGCCGUAGACACGGCGCCGCUUGCUGGCAGUUCUCAAGGGUCACGUCCGGCCACGGCCGUCGACGGAGUUGUGCCUAACAAGCAAGGAGUAGCGAAACCGGCGUCGCCGCAGGGAAAACAGAUUCCGAUUCCUUGCGGCCUCAAUCGGUACGUCCUCGCGUUCCUGUUCUGCAUUGUUGUUCUCAUGAAGGGUUGCACGUACUGGGGCUGGAACGGCAUGCAAGACAUGCUCUACAAGUCGGGAGCGUACUCGUGGGAGUGCUCUGUGGACUCUGCGGGUGCCGGAGUGAUCGUCAUCGGCGACAUCGAGUACCCGGACUGUCCAGGAAGGAAGAACAUGAUUAACAACUUGUACACGGCUACCUUCUCCGCACACUUCAUCUCCUCAGCCAUUUCGGGAGUCUUGCUCGACGCCGCAGGCCCUAAGAUCUGCAUGCUCAGCGCCAUCGCAGUCGAGGCUGCCGGCUGGCUGCUGAUUGGCUUCUCGUCGGAGAGCUUCCAGGGGUACUAUGCGGGCGGGGUGUUUCUGGGGGUCGCCGCGGACCCGGGGUACCUGCCCCUGCUCUCCAUGGCGAAUCUGUUUCCAGGCAACCAGUCGUUCAUCAUGGCCGUGCUCGGUUCGCUGCGUUCGAUUUCUUUCGCGGUCCCCGUCGUCAUGUCCGCCAUCUACCAGGGCGACGGCUUCGGCGAGAACGACUUCUGGAAGAUCGUCGUCUUCUACGUGGCAGUCUGCCUGGGCCUCGCGACCUGCAUCAGUCUGUUCACGGUUCCCAUGCAUGUCUUCAAGCCUCAGUCAGAGUUGGUGCAGGAGGCCGCGAGCGACGAGAAACAAGACGACGACAGUCCUAAGCGGCGUACCUCGUACACAGGCCCGAUGCUGCCGGCGGGCGCGGACGUCGCCUCCGAGCUGAAGGAAAUGUGUCACGACCUCUCUGAGGAGGCACCGGGCCGUCCACACGAAGCGGAGUCUGCUGGCUCGAAGACGCCCGAGACGGCGGCCGGGUCCUUCGUGGCGACGCUGAAGUCCAAGGAGUUCCUGCUCAUCGUGCCUUGCUUCGUGAUUGCGCUUCUGCGUGCGGAAUUCUACACCAAGAGCAACAAAGAGCAGCUGCAGGUGUCGACGACGUCGAACGUCUACCAGAUGUUCAGUGUCCUGAAUAUCAUGUCCUUCCUGCCAGGACCGGUCUUUGGGAAGAUGGCGGACAAGUUCGGCAUCCUGCCGGUGAUUACCAUUUUGAACGGAUGCGGCAUCCUUCUGUAUAUCUUCGUCAUGCCCAACGUCAUUGCAUGCAAAGCGAUCUCGACGGUGAUCUACUUCAUCUACUGCUCUUUCGUCCUCAGCAACCUGUACUGCUACGUGGCCAUCAACUUCCCGUCGGAGUAUUUUGGCAAGCUCACGGGACUCGCCUCCCUCAUUGGCGGGGUCUUCUCCCUUACGAGUAUUGGCUGGUACAAACUGUCUUCCGAGACCCUCAUCGACCUGGAGCCGUACAACUUCUUGCCGGCAGACGGCGUGAUGGUCUUCUUAGGCAUCGUCAACUGCUUCAUCAUCCUCGCCAUGUUUCGCGAGGCGAAAAAGAAGCGAGAGGCGGCCAACGACCGCAGUAGCCUGCUAGACGUGUCAGGAAAAGAGCCAGCGGACGAAGACCCGCGUGCACCGAGUCCAGAGGUCGCUGUGUAGAGCGCGUACUGUGUGUGGUGUGUCGAAAGCCCUCAACGCACAGAGUCGAAAAAAGCGACACGAGGAUACAGCAUCACAGGAGUCUAGGGACCGAGAAUGAUUCGAUUUUUUUGCCGGUGUCGCGAUAGGAACGAGAGGAGUCAGCUGGCUGCUCAGACAGCCCGUGAAAAAAACAUCUCAGUAACAGAGGGGUGUGUUCACACACAUGUACAUUUUCGACGCGGAUGUCGCGUCGGACAAAGGUGUUGCGUCAAAACGGUAAAACGAUGCUUUGCUGUCUUUGGCUCAUUUGAAACAGUGGGUGGUAUUAGAGUUGUUUCGCGACUCCCCCUCAGGGCUCUCUAGAAACGUACGGUGCUGUCGUGGCGCAGACACACGUACGCUCCAUGUAGACAUGCGGUGUGACAGGCUGGAGAGAAUCCCAUCACUCUUGUGAAGGUUCUCCCCGGGAUACACUCGGCUCCGUUUCCUGUUUUUCUCCCGUCGUGCUGAACGUUGCGGCUCUUGAGAGUCCUCACAAAAACACGGUGGGUGGUUAAUGUCAUUUGCUGUGUUUUGUGGUCCGGUAAACGAGUGGCUAGUGUGCUCAGUACAGAUUCAGAAUUGAGCUUAGGGAAGCGGGGUACAGUUAGGUCCUCAGUGCGGUGGGGUCCUACGUGCCCGUUCGCAUGCAUGUAGUUAAGAAUACGCUGUUGUCGACGCGUCUUCAGGAACUUGUUGACUUGCUUUUUACUCGAAAUCAUUUUUAAUUGCGUUCAUGUUGGAAACGGGCGUGGCCCCCUGGGGGUCGCCGCGGUUUAAGGAAUUCUCCCGAGGAAAGGUGUCGCGCGUGUGGCCGCACAGCUCGAGUGUUGUGUGUCGUCUGCUUCGUUGCUGGACCGGAGGAGGUUCGGUUCCAGAAACAGAGGGGCACAGACAGUUGCCGGCGGCCACACAAGUAGGCGAGGCGAAUGGUCCAGGGGCAAGGGUGACUUUCGGUUACUUGGUCACGGGGGAAGAUGCAGUCUUCGGGCGUGACACAGUGGAACGACACACACACACACGCACAUGCAAAACCGCUCGUGUUCACGGGCGCAACGCUUCGUCUCUUGGGCGCUGUUUAUCACUCUGCAAAACUCUCGUUGCUCAACCAGCGUGUGAUAACAAGAAUUCCCAACGAGCGGGACCGAGAGAUUUCGAGCGUGCAGACCCUCGUCCGGCACCGAGAAGCUCGUGUUCUUGAACCAGAUGGCCCCCUCAUAAACGUCCUUUAUUUUUGUUCUGGCAGUCUUCCCUGGGAGGCGCAGGAGGUCUGACUGUUUUGCUUGUCUUCUGCGUGCGUUUUGGUCAUUUGAAAAGCAUGGCAACAUGAGUAACGAGUGUUACGUUUGUGGCUUCGACAGCCAUACCUGCAGUAGCGUCUUGGCCUUUUGUACUCGUAUUAGGCAUGCAAUUUGCAGUUGAGCGGUGUAAUCGUAUCGCAGAGAAGUGCGAGCGUUGGCCCGUUGUGCAAGACCACCCACUCACUGCAGUCGAAAGUUCCUCCGAAGUGAUCAGUUCCGAAUACUCUUCAGUUCGUUGUGUCUUCGAAAUAGUCGAUGACCCUGUCGGAUGGCAGUGUGAAACGUAAUCCAGCAGCGUGUGGGUCGUGGCAGCGUCUUGUUUCAGUUCCAGGCAGCGCUAACUUCUGCACGCGUGCCUGUGGACAGUUUGCAUGGGCAAGUUGUGUGGGAGGAAUGCCUCUGUUUGUGGCACGCUCUGUGGUGCAUCUCGCCGUCACGCACGUGUACAUAUUCUCCAAAACGUUGACGGACGUUUUUUUUUGACACUGAAACAACUUACACCGCGGCAACCUGAGAACAGACACGAAUCCGUGUUGGAAGUUUCUGUAGCGUCACUUGCGAAGCUGUGGAGCUGAAGGCUGUCUGUGUCUGUGGUAAGGAUAAGGGAUGCCGAGUGGCGGAACACGGGCAUUGAACUCCGAAGCGAACCUCUUGACGAGUAGGUCGCUUUGAAAGGCACAAAGUAGUGAACAAUAAAACGGUGCCACUCGAUC